AGGUCAAACUUACUGCUCGCUAGUCUUCUUGUUAGCCCCGUUACGUGAUUCGAAGUACCAUUUAAGUACUUAAAUCGUUUUCGUUUUGCAAUCGCGCGACUCUCUCAUCUCUGGUUAGUACUAGAUGUAGGAUUUUUUCCGACAAGGACGGGUAAAUGAAAAAAAGCUAAAAUCGUUUGAUAGUUACAUACUAGAUAUUUUUCUAGUGGGUCGUGACCCUCCACCAUGAUGCCGCGCAGCCCUCAUUUGUUGGAAAGCUUCUGGACGCAUUUCUUUCAUCGGUCCCCGCAAGCUUCAUCGCCUUUGGCUUCAGGCCAUGCUGCUGCAAGAACUGGCAGAGGAGCAAUUCCUGGUUUAUUUUUUCCUGAGGCGAUUUCCUCGCGAGCGCAAGCCGUACUUCGGCGCCUGGUUUUCGGGCCGGACAUUCACACGCUCCUCGAGGAGCACGAAAACAGGGGCUUUUCAUCCAGUUCGGCAGACCACAGGAGUCCAACCUCGGCGGUGUCCAACGCACGAGGGACUAAAAAUAGUCGCGAUGGAGCGAUGAAACACCAUUCCCUCGCCACAACCCCGGGAACGCUGUCCGCAUACAUCCCCUCUCACAUCCGGUCGACCACCAGUGUGGGCACAUCGAAAUACGCUGGCGGUUGUGGGGGCGUGCCGAUGGAUUACAGAAAUUGCCGGCGAAGGGGGUUUUCUUUUUCAUCAUCAUCCGCUACUAGUAGCUUGUCGUCCAGUUCUACCUCGCUGAUGAAGUUUGGAACACCUCCCCCAGUGAGUGAACACGACGGUCACGGUACCUUCCCUGCUUCCACUAACCGUUGCAUGAUCGACAUAUGUAUCGUUCCCCUCGGGACAAAAGACGUCAGUGUCCGUAACGAAAUCGCGGUAGUCGAGAAGAUCCUGCGGUCCUUCAGCCCAGAGCUUGAAAUUCACCUCCACGGCUACGGCACGAACGUUUCCGGCGACUGGGAUUUGUGUAUGCAAGCGCUGUAUCAAAUGUAAAAAUGUCUGGGUCUGCGAGAAUGCAACUUGUCACGCGAAAUCUCAAGCGUGCAAAAAUCUGUGUUGCAUGAUUACCAAAGGUCGUCCGGUUUUGACCAAGUCGGGAGAGAGUUUGUCAUGCAGAUUAGGCAAUAGAAAGGUCUCGGAGAAUCUCUCAUGCUAUGUCCUACAUACCAGACCUCACCUAAAAACCUGCAUAACAAGUCUGACAAUCUUCCAGACCCAGACACUUUUGCAAUCCAUACGCUGAAAAAGUGCCAUGCCGUGUUGCACAACGAGUUGGGGGUGCCGCGCAUCACGACGAGCAUCCGGCUAGGCACACGGGUGGACAAGACCCAGUCGAUUGCGGAGAAAAUCACAGCGGUGGAGGAACAGUUGUAGGUAGUACAUAAUUUUUUGAGCGAUGAAGAUUUGUUUCUCAUCCUUGCUACUGAUGCGUCAUUCCGCCACUUUGAAAAUCCGAUUUGUGAGCUCCAAAGCAAAGAGAACAUAAGGAUCUGCCUCUACAACAUAACGCACGAACGCUAAAGAACCGUGGAUCUAUCACCACUCUUCAGAGCAGCCGCAAACAAAGACACAGAUGAAAGGAGCCAUAUGAUUUUUAUACGUGCAACCGCUAGUACGACGGGCAAAUCAAAAUCGUCACGUAUACAACCGUG